AUGAUGGGCGAAUCGCAAAUCAGAUUACCACUAAUAAAGUGGCAAGAGUUUGCGGCGGCGGCAGUGGCUGCGAUUCGUAUAAGAUGCGAGCGAAAGCAGAGAGAGUUCACACAAGCUCCAGUACAGUUGACUCCUCCUUCGGCUCGUUCAGGACCGCUGGAUACGGUGGAUGAGCUGGAUGAAAUGCAGAACAACUUUGUACAGUUUUCGUUCCACAGUGCAACAUUAUCAUCUUUACGUGAUGCCAGUGAGGGAAUGGAUGCAUUUGAUUAG